AGUGAAAAUCAAAUGAUGAACUGGAGUGAAAAACCAACAAUAGCCUACACUGCUGAGACACCUCCAGGCGUGAAAAAAGAUACCAGUUUGCCGUUCCCAUCAUCUUACAGUCCAGAGUAUGUGGAGGCCUGCUGGUAUCCAUGGUGGGAGAAAGAAGGCUUCUUCAGUCCUGAACAUGAGAGGUCGUCUCAUCGUGUGGAUCAAACCUUUUCACUUUGUAUCCCUCCACCAAACGUGACGGGGACGCUGCACCUGGGCCACGCUCUGACUGUAGCUGUGCAGGACGCACUGGUUCGAUGGAAAAGGAUGCAGGGCUACACAGUACUGUGGGUCCCUGGAUGUGACCACGCAGGGAUCGCAACACAGACUGUCGUAGAGAAGAGACUUUUAAGAGAAAAGGGGAAGCACAGACACGACUUUAGCAGAGAAGAGUUUUUACAGGAAGUGUGGAACUGGAAGAAAGAGAAAGGAGAUGAGAUCUACCAGCAGCUGAGGAAGCUUGGGGCGUCUCUGGACUGGAGCAGAGCCUGUUUCACUAUGGAUCCAGGUUUCAGCCGGGCCGUCACCACAGCUUUUGUCAGACUCUGUGACUCUGAUCUGAUCUAUCGCUCAGAGAGGAUGAUCAACUGGAGCUGCGCUCUUCAGUCGGCCAUUUCUGACAUCGAGGUUGACUCAGUUGAAGUUUCGGGGCCGACCAUGUUGUCUGUUCCAGGAUAUGAAAACAAGGUGGAGUUUGGAGCCAUGUAUACCUUUGCUUACCCUGUAGAAGGUUCUGACGGCCAAGUAGCUGUGUCCACCACCCGUCCUGAGACUAUGCUCGGAGAUGUUGCUGUAGCUGUUCACCCAGAGGACCCUCGAUAUCAGACUCUCCACGGGAAACAGUGUCGACACCCCUUCACCAACAUACUGAUCCCCAUCAUCACUGACCCUCUGGUGGACAUGGAGCUAGGAACUGGUGCGGUGAAGGUGACCCCUGCUCACGACCACACAGACCUGCUCCUGUCCAGGAAGCACUCUCUGCCACACGUCUCAGUGAUCCGAGGAGACGGGACGAUGGCUCCCUCUUGUGGGCAGUGGCUGGAGGGUAAGAAGCGUUUUGAUGCCAGGCAGCUGGUCCUGGAUGCUCUGGUUGAGAAGAAACUGUUCAUGGGGAAGCAGAGUAACCGCAUGACUUUACCCAUCUGCAGUCGCUCAGGAGACAUUAUUGAACCUCUUCUAAAAAAGCAGUGGUUUGUUCGCUGCAGUCGAAUGGCUGAAAAGGCCAUACAGGCUGUGGAGGACGGACAGCUGGAAAUCCUUCCUCACUACUACACAAAGACCUGGAAGAACUGGAUGUCCAGCAUCAGUGAUUGGUGCAUAUCUCGCCAGCUGUGGUGGGGCCAUCAAAUCCCUGCUUACCAAGUAGAGCUUCCUGAUUCUACAACUGAUCCAGAGGAGCGGUGGGUUUGGGGGCAAAGUGUAGAUGAAGCCCGACAGAAAGCUGCUGUGAAAUAUGGAGUAAAGCCAGAAGACAUUACUUUGAAACAAGAUACAGAUGUGCUGGAUACGUGGUUCUCCUCAGGGCUCUUUCCUUUUGCGAUGCUUGGCUGGCCCGACCAGACCUCUGACCUGCAGCGCUUCUACCCAAACUCUCUCCUGGAGACCGGCAGUGACCUCAUCUUUUUCUGGGUUGCCAGGAUGGUAAUGCUGGGAACAGAGCUGACUGGACAGUUACCCUUUAAACAGGUGCUGUUUCACUCUCUGGUUAGAGAUAAACAUGGCAGGAAGAUGAGCAAAUCUGUGGGAAAUGUCAUCGACCCGUUAGAUGUUAUCCAUGGAGUUUCUCUGCAGAGACUUGAGGAGAAGGUGAAGGAGGGAAACGUUGACCAGAGGGAGCAGCUGGUUGGUGUGGAAGCACAGAGACAAGACUUCCCCAAAGGAAUCCCUCAGUGUGGGACGGAUGCUUUGAGAUUUGCCCUUUGCUCCAACAGGAUUCAGGGUGAUGACAUCAGUUUUUCAGUGGCUCAGGUCCUGAGCUGCAGACACUUCUGUAAUAAGAUGUGGCAGACCCUGAGGUUCACACUGCAAGUUCUUGAUGAAAGUUCUCCACCACUGGCAACUAUUGAAGAGACAAUCCCUUUGGGCAGCAUGGAGCGGUGGAUCUGCUCUCGACUUCACAGCACUGUCCUACAGUGUGAGCAGGCCUUUGAAGCUUAUGAGCUGCAUGUUGUCACAUCUGCCCUGCAAUCUUUCUGGGUACAAAGCCUGUGUGACGUCUACAUAGAGUAUGUAAAGCCUGUGUUACUGAGGCAGGAUGCGGGGGCAGAGGUUGAGGACGACACCACGAGGCAGGUGGCCAGGACUGUCCUCUAUCACUGUGUGUCUCUGUCUCUGGCUCUGCUCGCCCCCUUCAUGCCCUUCAUCACAGAGGAGCUGUGGCAGCGACUCCAGCCCUUCAGACCUGGACCUCCUGGGGAUCUGACUCACACCAGCCUGUGUUUACAGCCCUAUCCCACAUCCACUCAUCUGGCACACUGGCAUUUCCCUGAGGAGGAAAAAGAUUUCCUGAUGGUUCAGGAAGUGAUUCGAGUGGCUCGCUCACUGCGAGCUCAAUGUGGCCCAAUAAAAGAAAAGCCUGUCAUGUGGGCAGUGUGUUCGCCCAGUCAGGCCCAGGUUCUCCUCCACUUUAAGUCAGCAGUUUGGACUUUAAGCCGGAUCUCCAGCCUCCAGCUCUACUGUCCUGACGGACCAGACUGGCUCCCGUCUGUCCAGUCCACUCCUCCUCCUAAAGACAGUCUCAUUGGUCUGGUGGACCACACGUGUCAGCUGCACCUCUACAGCCCCAGUGGAGUGAACAUUGAUAAACAAAUCCUGCAGCUUUGUCAGAGGAGAGACAAGGUCGUUCCAAAGCUGGAAAAAAUCCUUCGCCGACUUCAGGGUGCUAAAGACUUGGACAGUGUUCCUGUUCAGGACAGGCAGCAGAUGGAAAUCAAGGUUUCAGGUUUGAAGCAGGAACUGCAAGUCAUCGAGGACCAGAUAAAAGACUUGAGAGAGACACGAUCAGCAGGGUAACAGCUAAUGGUCAUAACUGAAUGUCAGAACUAAUAAACUUGAAUUAUUUCUAAUGCUGAUUAAGUUUAAAAUCUCUUUUCAGUUUGAACUAAGACAACACAGAACAUCCGUCUGAUGUUUCCAUAGAAUAAUGUUUUACUCUUACUGCGUAUUUUUUAUUCUUUUACAGCAUUAGAAAGCAAUCAUAUAACCACUGUUAUAAAAGUAAGGUUUUUAUUCUGAAUGGUGGAAGGAGGCUUGUUAGAAAUAUAAAUAUCAGUGUGAUUGAAAGUCUAAAUUAAGUUGUAUAUUGAACUUAUGUGAACAAAAGUAAACACGUCUAUAAAAAUACCAAAGUAGCUAUAAAAGAAGAGCUGUGUGUCUUUAUUGCACACACACAUUUAUCCAUCUGGUUCCCACACCUGAUUAAUCAUUUUAAGGUUGAUGGUGUUAAAAGUCAACGGUGUUCAAGGCAAAGCCGGUCCAUCACAGAUCAACAGACAUUCAGGAAACACAAACAUUUUAUUAAAGAGAAGACAAUAAUAAAGAAAGUUUAUGUUUUAA